UCCGCCAGCCAUGGUGAACCUGGGCCUGUCCCGGGUGGACAACGCCGUGUCCAGCAAGCACCCGGGACUUGGGGAGUAUGCCGCGUGCCAGUCGAACGCCUUCAUGAAGGGUAUUUUCACCUUUGUCACAGGCACCGGUGCGACCGUCGGCUUGCAGAUGCUCGUUCAGAGGAAGUUUCCGUACCCCUUUCAGUGGAAAGUGCUGGUGGCCGUGGUCGCAGGCUCAGUGGCCAGCUACUGGGUGACCCGAGUGGAGUCGCAGAAAUGCAGCAACCUCUGGCUCUUCCUGGAGACAGGGCAGCUCCCCAAAGACAUGGACACAGACCGGCACAGCUAGGAGAGCUCCAGCCAGGGCACAGCGGACCUGGGGCCGGAGAGUUCUAGAACACAGCCCUCAGCACCUCUGCACCCCAGGCUGGCCUCCCCACACCCAUGUCCCCUGCACACAUGCAUGGCCAGCUCUGUCAGACCUGUGCAAACUGCUCCUGCCCAGCCUGGAUACCCAGAAGGUCAGACCAGGAGGUGCCGCCCCUGGGGUGGCUGGCCUCCUGCAGGGCAGCAAGAAACAUGGUGGACACAGAGCUGGAGAAGACCAGGCCUGUCUCAUGCAUAUUGGGGGCGGCAGCUCUGGGGUGGGGGGUUGGGCCUUCUGCACUUCCUGCUGCUGAUACGCCCUUUCUGCCCCCUGCAUCCCCCACCCGCCACCCCAGUCAGACCUGACAGCUGCUGCCCGGGGUUGUGGGACUAAUAAACGCCUUUUCCUCU